CAGUUGGGGUUCGAUGUUUAAACGGUUCGGUUGUGCCGCGGAUCUGGAAGUUUUCGUGUCUGGGAGGAAAAUCACAUCACCACCCCAAAAAGGCCUCCCCCGCCCCCUCUUUGGUGCGUCGCCGGUUCUGAUUCGACGUCCGUUUGACACCGCUGCUGGUGGCAAUAUAGCAGCUGAUUUUCUCUUCCUUCGUCGGUGAGGCGCGUAACUUUUCCGCGCGCGUAGCUCAAUUUCACUAUCGCCGGGCACUGUGCUACAAACGAAUUCACGUUUUAACAUUUGGAGCCUCCCCGCGUGUUUGUGUGUGGGUAUUUGCGGAUUUAUUUUCGUUCUUUGUUGGGUUGUGAUAUUAUUUUUCCAGUGUUCUAUCCUGUGAUUCGGAAGCUGUGCUCGGUUUCUACCUACUUUGUGUUCUUAUCAGUUCGGGAAUAGAGGUGGGAUUGCCGUUUGGGCCGCCCGAGUAUUUAUUUUGAAGACGAGCUGCCCGUUUGUCGCAGUGCUUUUUAGAAGAUGUAUGAAAAGUGCAAAAUGUUAUAGCUCUCCUGCCCUUUGAGUGCGCGUAAAUUACAAUCUACGAAAGUUGUCAUCGUCAUCUUCGUCAUUUCGAGCGGCCCGGGAGUGACGUGAAACAAAAUAGCACAUAACCAACCAAGUGAAACAAACCAUCAGGAUCAUCCUCUUCUACCCGUCGGUACAAAUUAAAAUCAAAUGCCGCAGUGAACGUCACCAUUUCCGUCAGAACGGCUCACGUUUUUCCGCUCGAGCCAUCCACUUCCGGUAAAGCGUAAAAUGCCGGCACACAGCAGCGCUACAUCCCCUUUUAGCGGACCUCGACCGUUUCCGGUAAAAAGGAUACAUCGUCGUCGUCGUCAUGCCAUUAUUUCCUACGACUGCUACCGUAAUUGUGAUAAUUUUACGCUUCACGGUUGCCCCAGGUCUUGCUCAAUGCCGGCAGCUACACUAUCAUCGGUGAUGGUCCUUCUGGCGGCAACUAUCGGCAGCGUCAGCCUCUUGCCGGGCACCCGGGGACUGGAGCUGAAUCAAACUCUAAUUACCCAGCGACAUCAGCAGCAGCAGCGCAAUCAGUUCACGAUCGAUGAGCUGCUUGCGCUCAAAACCUUGCCCCGAAUCUCCGAUGACAUCGACAUGGAUCCGUGCAAAUCGAAAGAUCUGCUAAGUGACAUCGCUCAGCCCAACGUGGAAUACGAAACCGAAUGGCAGCGGCAGCGACUGAACAAAACUUUCCAACAGGAGCUGGAGAAACUGAAACAGGAAGUCUACCACGAGGGGCUGCAGGUGGAGGAGGAAGGCCUCACGGAUAUUGUGCGAAAAAAGACCAAACAAUUGGCACCGGAUCUGACGGAAGCUGUCAACAGCAAUCGGGGAAAACAGCCAGUGGGUAGUAAAAAUCUUAACGACCCCACCGUUGAAACGUCCGCAUCGCAGCCCGUCGAUCAUAAAUCACUUAACCAUGCGGCGGCCAUCGACAUCAUCGGAGGACGUCGCCCGGAGACCGAUGACGAAAAUGCUAUAAUUGACAGCUACUACAAUGAAUCACAGAUAAAGGCCACCAUCAUCGAUAACAAUGAUAAUAUCAUCUUCAGAAACGCAAGUACCAAUCAGGGCGCUCAUAAAUCCGGAAAGCAAUCGUCUCCAGGCAUCGACAUUGAUUCUGGGACAAAGGCGGGCGUCCCUUCUUUUUCUUUCGUUCAGAAAUCAGACGGCCACGUCAGCAGCAGCAACAGCAGUAAAAAGGAUGCUAAAAUCUCGGCUGUCCGCAACAUUGACUACAAUCGUAUCCAGUCCGAUACAAAGGACAUCGUUAUCGAUGAGUCGGAUGAUAAUAUAAUCAGCAGCAAUCACCAUCAUGGAAGCAGAAAAAUUUCCAACCACCACCAGCACCAUCUGUCGGCAGCCGGAACCACCCCCAGGACCAUCCGGACGACCGAACCUAAUCGGUUUAGCAACGCCGGCGGGAACGGAAGGACUCUGGACGAUGUGCAGGUCCUCAACGGCGAUGGAAGCAUCACGAAACACAAGCGGCAUCGACGUCGUCGCCGUCGUCAGGAAAAUGGACACAGAACCAUCAAUGGAACACAAUCCGUUCAGGACCAGCAGCUGCAGCACUUGGACAAAACUCGUCGAAAACCGGCGGACGCCAGCUCAGAUUCAUAUCGGCGUCGAUUGGAACGGCUCCGGAACGAGCUGAGCAAUCCCACCCUAACAAUGGCCGACAGCAGCCUGAAACAACACCAGAAACCACCUGUCGGUAAAGGAGUAGGAAAUGGCAAAAAGCCGUCCGGCGGCCGUCAUUCGAAAUCCCCAUUCAAAAGUGGGAUGGCCAAGCGACGGACCACGGAAGGGCAGAAAAAGCGAGCCCAGCCGGACCAACCUCAGACCCACGUUCUGGAUGACAUCAUAGUGGAAACCCAUCACGACGGCCGAGGAAAUGGCAAAACUGAAGGAGGAAGAGCAGAAGGACUUUUGAUGAAAGACCCGAAAGGAAACACUGUUGAAUCGUCCUUCCUGUCAGCGCAUCUGGUUUCCGGUGAGGCGAGCAAGAAAUACGACCGAGUGCAGUCACCUGUUGAUGAUGCUGAUGUGGCUGGCGCUGAAAGUUCGCAUCCGGCAUUCAGGCGCCCACCGGAGGACCAUCACCGGGUAGCGCGAGCUGCCACGGCCAAGAAGGAACGGAUCUGGGACUUCGGGGUGAUUCCGUACGAGAUCGAUGGCAACUUUAGUGGCCUGCACAAGGCACUAUUCAAGCAGGCGAUGCGGCACUGGGAGAACUUCACCUGCAUCAAGUUCGUGGAGCGCAACCCGAUAGAUCAUCCCAACUACAUUGUGUUCACCGAGCGGCAGUGUGGAUGCUGUUCGUUCGUGGGGAAACGUGGCAACGGACCGCAGGCCAUUUCCAUCGGGAAAAACUGUGACAAAUUCGGCAUAGUGGUGCACGAGCUGGGCCAUGUUGUUGGAUUUUGGCACGAGCACACCCGGCCAGAUCGGGAGAAUCACGUCGUCAUCGAGAAGAACAACAUCAUGGUCGGACAGGAGUACAAUUUCAACAAGUUGACCGAAGACGAGGUGAAUUCGCUGGGCCUGCCCUAUGACUACGACUCCAUCAUGCACUACGCCCGGAACACAUUCUCGAAGGGCACCUAUCUGGAUACGAUAUUCCCGAUCGAGAUACCGGGCCGGAAGCGACCCGAGAUUGGCCAGCGGCUGCGGCUCAGCGAGGGGGACAUUGCCCAGGCAAAUCUGCUCUACAAAUGUGCCAAAUGCGGUCGCACAUUCCAGGACAACUCAGCCUCGUUCACCUCCCCCAGCUAUGGAACCGGAUUUCCGCCGAGUGAACCGGAGCGUUGCGAAUGGCGCAUCACGGCCACCCACGGUGAACGGAUAGUCCUGAACAUCACCGAUCUGGACAUCUACAAAUCGAACAACUGCCGGUCGGAUUUUUUGGAAAUUCGAGACGGCUACUGGCAGAAAUCGCCGAUCUUGGGAAAGUUCUGCGGUUCCGGCAAAGUGAACGAUUUGAUUAAAUCAACAGGUAGCCGGAUGCUCAUCACUUACACCACCACGAUCCGGCAGGGCAGCAUGCGGGGGUUUGCAGCCAGUUAUGAAGCGGUGUGCGGAGGUAACGUCAACCUGGAAAGUGGUGGCCGUCUGGAAUCGCCUAACUACCCGCUGGACUAUCUGCCCAACAAGGAGUGCAUUUGGAAGAUAACGGUUCCCAAGGAUUACCAGGUGGCGCUCAAGUUCCAGUCCUUCGAGGUGGAAAACCACGACAACUGCGUGUACGAUUACGUGGAAGUUCGGGACGGUGAUUCGGCCGAUUCACGGGUGAUCGGCGUGUUCUGUGGCUACAAAAUACCGCCGGACAUGAGAUCUACCACCAACAAAAUGUUUGUGAAAUUCGUCUCCGAUGGAUCGGUUCAGAAGGCUGGUUUUUCGGCAACUUUUAUGAAGGAGGUCGAUGAAUGUGAACGAAUGGACCACGGAUGUGAGCACGAGUGUAUCAACACUUUGGGAGGCUAUGAAUGUGCCUGCUAUAUCGGAUACGAACUACAUAGCGAUAAAAAAUCUUGUGAAACUGCUUGCGGCGGAGUUUUGACCCAACCGAAUGGAACCAUUUUGUCGCCAUCAUUCCCCAACGAAUACCCCAUCAACAAGGAAUGUGUUUGGGAAAUAAUCGCUCCAGCACAGCACAAGAUCACGCUCAAUUUCACUCAUUUCGAUCUGGAAGGCAAUACUUUCUACCAGGCGUCCGAAUGUGAGUACGACUCUGUCACUGUAUAUUCGAAACUAGGGGAAGACAACCUCAAACGUCACGGAGUUUACUGUGGAACCAAAAUUCCGCCAUCGGUCACUUCGGAUGGAAACGCACUGAGAGUGGAGUUCAAGUCGGACAAAACCAUUCAGAAGUCCGGAUUUGCAGCUAUCUACUCGACCGACGUCGACGAAUGUGCCGUAAACAAUGGCGGCUGUCAACAUGAGUGCAAGAAUACGUUGGGUUCGUACCUAUGUUCCUGUCACAAUGGUUACGCGUUGCAAGAUAACGGUCACGACUGCAAGGAAGGCGGUUGCAAGUAUGAAAUUACAUCCCCGAAUGGGCAGAUUUUCAGCCCCAACUAUCCGGACUACUAUCCACCGAAGAAGGACUGCAUUUGGCACUUUACCACUACACCUGGCCAUCGAAUCCGGUUGGUGUUCAACGUAUUCGAUAUUGAACCUCAUCAGGAAUGUGCCUAUGAUCACAUCGUCAUCUACGAUGGGGCUUCACCGGAAAACAUGGCCCUGGGACGGUUUUGCGGGGCCAAACUGCCCCAUCCGCUGUCGUCCACAUCGAACGAAAUGUACAUGGUGUUCAACACCGACAGUAGCGUCCAGCGAAAGGGCUUCUUCGCUAGCCAUUCGACGGCCUGCGGUGGCCGAUUGAGAGCGACGAACAAAGUGAAGCACAUCUACUCCCAUGCCAAAUUCGGCGCCGGAAUGUACGACAACGGCGCUAACUGCGAGUGGUCCAUCGAAGCCGAUCAUGAUAAAAAUGUGCAACUCAAGUUCCUAACCUUCGACAUCGAGGAGGAGAAAGAGUGUAUGUACGAUACCGUUGAGGUAUUUGGAGGUCUAGACGAUGCCAGUAGUUCGCUUCAGGGUAGAUAUUGUGGAAAUACUAAUCCACCGGAAAUCAUCUCGAUGAACGAAGCUCUGCUGGUGCGCUUCAAGUCGGACGAUACCGUCGGCUUCAAGGGCUUUUCCGCAUCGUACGUAGCGGUCAGCCCUUUUGGGGAUACCCAGUUCACCGACGAAGAAACUUCGGAAAGCGUCGAAAUGACGCCCUUUCCAGGCUCUCUCAAGAACACCGUCGUGGUCAAACCGGAAGAGGACGAUGACGAAGACGAGGACGAUGGGUACUCGGUAUUCGUACACCAUCAUCGGCAUCUGAACCCGAAGGUGCGGUACUCAAUGCGCAACGACAUUCGAGCGCCACAGGUUACGCCUGACUGAAAUAGGUUUAAGGGCGUCCGUCUAAGACGCCGGUUCAAUUAAGUACAUACACGCCUAUGUUAUGAUUCCUUGGAAAAAGUGGCGAUAGCUCGGUUGUCCUCUAAAUUUUAAACUACUUCACUACUUUACUACUUCCUGCUUCGAUUCUGAUUCGCAGAAAUUUUAAUUGUCCUUUUUGGUUGAAAUAUUUCAUGUAGAGUUCGAUGUGUGAUUCUGAAUCUUUAAUUUUGCUCUGAGUAAAUUCCGAUCAAAAAUUCCAAAUAAUAUGGCGAAUAUGGCGAAGCCCCUGCAAGAAAUGAUUUUUAAUUUUCGCGAAUAUUGGACACGUUCAAAGAUAAAGGAUUCAAGGUUUUUAAUUCAACUGUUAACCAUCACAUUGGAUUUUUUAAACUUAUAAAAAUAUUUUAACCCCAUGAGAAUCAUGAGCUAUCUUCAUUUUUUCCAAUCCAUUUCGCUCGUUGGAUAUUUUGAAUAAAUAACCCUACAUAAAAUGAGUACUUCAACAGUUAAUUUUUCUGAUUCAAAUAAACGUCGUUUUGAACAUCAAUUGAUCAGAAAUUCAUGACAUUUUUAUUUUAAAAGAUAUACAUUUUACCAAAGAAAGCAUAAAAUUUUCUUAGCAUUAAAUAAAAAAAAAAUCAAUCGAAACAUACGACCGCGAAGAAAGACAAAUAAAUAAUUUCUAACUGGCAGCUGAGAUAUGCAAUAUAACGGAAUAUUUAGAUAUUUAAAAACCAACUAGUGAUACUCGGAAGAAACAGAACAAAUAAAACAAUGAGAUAAAUAUUCGAUCGAACAUUUCAAUUGUCGUAUAAGAUAUAUUUACACUAAGGGCCAUUUCUGAACAUUUAGCAGAUAGUGGUAGAGCCAUUUCGAACUGUGUAACGUGUAUGCUGUCUAGCGAAAUGUAAAAUUUAUGUAAACGUUCCACUUUAUCUAAUAAAAAAAAUCAAUCAUAUCAUUCUCCGCACGUUUAUUAGAGCCAACCAUAUCAUAUAAAACCGAUCCCAUACAAACCUCCAAAGUAGCUCAUCAAUUAUCAAAUCUGAACAAACCCGUUACGUUUUAGUGUAACCAGCUCUGAACAUCUUCCAAAUCAUGUUUGAUCAACUAAUGUCUACCAUUUUCCAAUAAAUUAAUGAAAACCAACUUCUAACCAGUUUCCAGUCUUCUAACUAAUAAGAAAAGUCCGCAAAAGAGUUGAAAAAAAAAAUGGAAAAAAUAACUAUCUGUCAUCAGUGAAUCAGGAUAGGAGAGAAAAAGAAAAACAAAAACAGGUUAAAUUACUUCAAUUUUAAAUAGAUGUAAUAAAAGUAGACUAAUUAAAAAGCGAAAUUCAUCUCGAAACCAAACCAAAACAUGUGUACGUCUGAACAAUAAUUCG